AUGCCUAUCAACAUUAGGAGGGCAACCAUCAACGAUAUAAUCUGCAUGCAAAAUGCAAAUCUACACAAUCUACCUGAAAAUUAUAUGAUGAAAUAUUACAUGUACCAUAUCUUAUCAUGGCCAGAGGCUUCAUUCGUUGCCACUACAACAGACAUUGGUGAGCCAAUGGAUCAAUCUACAGAACAAUUGACUCUUGAAGACAAUAGAAUCGGGAAAAUAAAAUUGGAUCCAACAUAUGUAGCUCCAAAUGAAAAAUUGGUGGGUUACGUCCUUGUUAAGAUGAAUGAUGAUCCUGAUCAAAGUAAUGACGCUCCUAAUGGUCAUAUAACUUCAUUGAGUGUAAUGAGAACAUACAGAAGAAUGGGUAUUGCAGAAAAAUUAAUGAGACAGGCAUUAUUCGCGUUAAGAGAAGUCUACAAAGCAGAAUAUGUUUCAUUACAUGUAAGACAGUCUAAUAGAGCUGCCUUGCACUUGUAUAGAGAUACAUUGGAAUUUGAAGUCUUGAGCAUUGAAAGCAGUUAUUACCAAGAUGGUGAAGAUGCAUAUGCUAUGAAGAAAGUUUUGAAACUAGAAGAGCUUCAAAUAUGUAACUUUACACAUCGUUCCUUCAACGAUGAAAAGUUGGAAGAUGACCUGGAGUGCGAUCUAUUGGAAGAUAUUAUUAAGGAAGGUGUAGAUCACAUUGUUGUCUGA